CAGUUCAGCUUUUAUGGCAAUAGUAAUCAUAAACUUAAUUGUUUUAUGAAGGAAAACUGCAUUAACUUUAGUCCUCCACAGUUAUGUCAGAGGUCAUAAACGGGCUAAGAAUUUGGAUUGUCAAGCGGUUGUCUUCCUCCUCUUCUCCGACCUAGUGGAACCUACCUGGCCCGUAACCUGACCAAACUGCAAUGGUUACCUAGCAGCAAACAUCAGAGAUCACCUGCAUAAAUGUAAACAGCCCUGGCUCACAGCUUUACAGUGUCAUUGGAUUUCUCAUAACACUUCCAGAAGGAGAAAGUUAAAUCCAUCCUCUCAAAAACAAGACAACUCAUCCUGGCGUGAAUCACCAGAGAAACCAAAUAUCGUCCAUACUUUUUGUCAUCAUUUUUGGUCGAUAAAAUUCAUCUGCAUCCGAGGCAUAACCACAAAAAAAAAAAAACAUUUCUCCUGAGCAAACACAGAGCUCAGUCUGUUCAGAGGAGAGGUUUUGGAGCUGGGUGACAGUGCGCGCUGUCCUUUCAGCACCAAGGUCUUACUUUACGCACGGCGGCCACAGGAGUUACGUGACAGAGUCAUGCAGUGAAAACACCUAAGUCCAAGUCGUUGUAACAGGUAGCCCGCACAGAUCAGAUAAUGGCGAAAAGGGGCAAAAAAUAUGUGAGAAAUAUUUGUGGCAAUUUCAGGAGGACUCAAAGGUUACACUUUUUGCACCUUUGCUUUAAUGAAAUUAUAUGUUUUGAGUUGUGAGGCUGCAUUAAUAUAUCCCUAUAGAUUUGAAACACUCAUACUAUAGUAAACUAAAGGUUUCUCAAGCCUGGCCAGUCAGGGAGAUUUGCGGGGUGGGCUGGAGGGGGGCAAUGGGAGCCAAUUACACGCCCUGACUUAAAGAAAGCUGUACCAACCGCAGUAGACUAGUACAGACUAACCUCCAAGGAGGAGAAACCAUCUGUAAACCUCAGUUGUGCUGUGCAGUCGGAUGCUCUGACAGAAACUACAGGGCAAUAAGUUUUCAAAGCGUGCGUAAUUAAUUUUCAAAGAAUCAUCCUUAAACGUAAUUGCGUUUCAAUUCCCUUGAUGGAUGUCAAGCGCGCAAUGGCUCUAAAUGAGGUCACGAGAAUCUCAAAAACGAUAAGGGAGCAUUUCCACUAAGAUGCCGGUAUCUGCGCUCUAUGCUGGGCUGAUUGGGAAUUUCAGUGGAAGUAUUAGUAAGAAAGGAAGGCUUCCUGUAACCGCGUAUCGCACAGAUAAAUGGAGAAACGGAAAGGAGGGGGGCGCAGAAAACUUCACGCAGCGUUCAAGUGAUGGUCAGUCAACUCGUGUGGACUUUCCGCUUAUUAUUAUUAUUGAUCAUAUUAAUAUCGCAGACACGGCGGAGUAAAGUCACAAGGGACAGGUCACCACGUUGGCGAGACAGCAUAAAAAGUGAGGUUUACUUUCGUGGAGGGAGGGAGUCGAGAAGACUGAUAACUGCAAACUCCAGGACGAGGACGCACAGCGAGGACUUGGAGCCCCGGAUCCUUCUUGCUGUUCGUCCACUUUCUCUCCCUACCACAGUCGGCCUGUGUUCAGGGGAUGAACGCGGAUGCUCAGCGAGUACUCAUAUGACUUCAGAAGCUUUGAUUUUUUUUUUUCUCCUCCAGCAAAAGAGCAAGAUUUUAAGAGGACAUAUUCCGGACCGGAUAGAAGCAGGAGUCCUUAACGAAAGUUGCGCACAGUUCUUCAUUUCCAUUUCCAUCACUGCUGGAAGCACAGGACUUUUGAGGAGCAUUUGAAGACGCCUGACGGUGUCCGGUUUAACUUUUUGUCCCCAGAGGCGUUGGACAAGGAGUUCGCUUUUUUUUUUCCCUCCUCCUCCUCUCCCUACAUCUCCCUCUCUUACUCUCUCACUGCACGGGAGCUAUGAACGGACUGCGUAAGCACUUCACUAUGGGACUGGUGCUACUGAUGUGCACGCUUACCGGCCACUGCGGCGAGAGCGCGCCGUCGUCGUCGGCGGCUCCGUCGGCGGCCGCGACCGGCAGGAACGCGCAGCAGCAGCAGCAUGAGCAGGAGCAGCAGCAGGACUUGUGGAGGAUGGUGGACAUCGUUAAACAUGUGGAGGAGAGCCGGGCUCGACACAGCGCGAAAACGGAAGCCCCGUUAACGUCGCGGGUGAGGACGUCUCCGGCGGAGCCAAAGGAUUUACGCAACUUGAAAGCAGACAGGGGAGAUCAGGCUGUCGUUGUUUUCCCCAGAGAUCUCAGAAAGAAGGAGAAGUUCCUGAAACAUAUAACAGGUCCACUCUACUUCAGCCCUAAGUGCAGGAAGCAAGUGUACAGGGUGUACCACCACACCAGAGACUGCACGAUACCUGCAUACUUCAAAAGAUGUGCGCGGCUUCUCACGCGGCUAGCCGGCAGCCUGCAGUGCACAGAGGGGUAGCACACACAAGGUCAAAGCCAAACACAAGUUCUCCAGAAAAAAAAGACAACUUGGGAAAAAAGUGCCUUGGACAGUAAGAGGGAAGCCUAAAACACUCCGACCAUCCCCGACUGAUAUUAGGCACAGCAUUGUCCUUCAAAGAGGUCUGUUCUGCUAAGGCAUGGAUUACUGCCACCCACCACUCUGGCUGGGCCUCGAUGGUUAGCUGUCACCACGAGGGAGCAACCAGGCAACAAAACCAGACCAAGAUAAAGAUGGUGAAACUGAAGAGAGGAGAAGGAAAAAGAAACAAGUGGCCGAGAGAAACAAACACAGGGACUUUUUUAAUUCCCUGCUGGCAUCCAAAAAGAUGUUGCUAAACCAGAAAAAAGGGAUUGCAUAUUUUUAUUUUGUUCAUUUCUUUUAAGAAAAGAGCAAAAUCCAAAUGUACUAUUUUGAGUAUGACUGGCCUUCUGCGAUUGGUCCGCUCUGUAUGAGUGUUCUGGGUUGAGCCCAUCCCUUCUACUACUGCACUACCUAUUACGCAGACGAAAAAGCUCUCACAGACCCCCGGCUGGCAGUCACGACAUAAUUUCACCCACUUGUGCUCACACUGAGAAAAGAACUGUGAUUAAAUUAUUAAUUGCAUGAACAUUUCUCUGAGAGACAUGUUUAAAAACGAAGUGGCGGUUGUAAGUCACAUCCCUCCUGUGGAUCUUGGUAUAACGUGGUACAGUCUAUAUUUAUAUAUUUGAAGUGUCACAAGGUUCCACUGUACAUAAUGUAGGCCAUGACCAUUAAAACCAGGAGAAACAUGUACAUACUGUAAAACAAAGCAUAAGAGGAAUCCGCCUAUCUACCAUAAAUUAAAGUGACUAGCAUUUAUCAAAUGGGUGUUAAAUGCAUAUAUAUGUAUAUAAAUAUAUAUAUUUAAAAAUUAAAUAUAUUUAAAUAAAUUAUAAGAUUGGUACAAAUAUGAA